AUGACAUUUGGUGGCACUGCUUCAAAUCGAAAUGACAUUGGUAGGGGUCCAUCUGGUCAAAAUGGAUAUGAUGUGAAUGCAGUAAAUGGAUUGGGUGGCUCGAAAUCUGCUGCCAGUGAAACAGAUAAUACCAACCCAAAAAGUAGGGCUGGAUUUAGUAGCAGUAUCUCUGGAAAUUUGGGAUUUGGUUUGGGGGCAUCUGAUCAGAAGGGAUUGGGCAUUGGUAGAGCUGACCGGAGUGAAAUAAGCAGCAGAGGAUCUGCCGGGGGUGAAUCAAUCGGUUUUGGAUUUGAUGCCCAUAGCCCAGUUGGAACUGGGUCUUUGGGUUGGGAACUUGGAAAACAGAAGGGCAAUGCUGCAUUUGGUUUUGGAGCUUCUGGUUCAAGUUCAUUUGGUGACAGUGACAUUAAUGGCAAAAUAAAAAUUGAAGGAAAGCGAAUGAACAGUUCUGGAGGACCCAUGCCCAAUGAUCUAGGUGAUACCAGUUUGAGAAAUCGGAAUACAUUUGCUGGUGACAGCUCUGGAAAAUCAGAAAUCAAUGUAGAGGUUUCUGGUCAACAGGGCUUUGGAAUCAAUGAAAUUGGAGGGACUAGAAUGAGAGGCAGUGGAUCAGCUGGGGCUGGAUUCAAAGGCUUUGGAUCUGAUGCUGGUAGCUCAGGAGAAGACACUUGGUCUUCUGGUUCUGGAAGUGGUGAAGGAAGGAAGGGUACAGCUGGACUUGGUGGUGUUGCUUCUGGACCAAACGAAUUUGGUGAAACUGGCCGUGGUGGUACAGGUGAAGCUACUACUUGGGGCAAAGGAAUAUAUAAAGCUUUCAAUGGCCGCAUCUUUUCCUUUGAGUCUUCCUGCUCAUACACUUUCUGCCAUCACUGCGUUGAAUCUGGAGGAGAUUUCAAUAUUGAGAUCAAAAGAAAGAGUAAUGGUGAUUUUGAAAAAAUAGCAGUUGAAAUCGAUAAUAAUGAGGUCUCUGUUUCUGGUGAUCGCAUUCUAGUUAAUGAAGAAAGAGUGCAGAUACCAUAUGACAAUAAACUGAUACAUAUUAAAAAAUAUGGAGAACAUUAUGUCCUGAAAAGCCGUAGAGGAAUCCUGUCUUUGAUGUGGGGCAAAAAUAAACUCUCACUUACUCUUCACAAGCAAUAUCCAACUUGUGGUCUUUGUGGUAACUUCAACAGCACUCCAGGAGACAACAUCAAUGAGCACAUUGCCAGUAGUAAAAUUCCUGGAGAUUGUCCCAAAGCUUUUAGUAAAAGCUAUGAGAUUUGUGAAGAUGGUGUAGAGUACUGUGACAAAAUUAUUGGAACUUACUUUGAGAAAUGUAGAAAGGUCGCCGCUUUUUCCGAUGACUACAGAAUGAUUUGCGUUAAUGACUACUGCCAAAAUCCAGGCAAAAAUUCUACAUGUGACACUUACUCAGAGUUGUCCCGCCUCUGUGCCUCAGAUGGUCCCGGCAUCUAUGAAUCCUGGCGAGAUGAUUCUGAUGUGACUUGUGGAAAACCUAGAUGCCCAGAAAAACAUAUCUACAAAGAAUGCGGUCCCUCAAAUCCUGCAACUUGUUCUAAUGUGGCUCCUUUUCAAGAUAGCGAAUGUGUGAAUGGCUGCUUCUGCCCAGAAGGUUAUCUGUUGGAUGAUAUUGGAGAAAAAGGGGGAUGUGUAUUAAAGACUGAAUGUCCCUGUAGCUUACAUGGAAAGACCUAUAAGUCAGGGGAAGUCCGAAGAGGUCCUUGUGGUUCUCAGUGCACAUGCCAGAAUGCUAAGUGGUCUUGUACGGAAGCAUUAUGUCCUGGAAGAUGUAAGGUGGAAGGAAAUUCAGUCACCACCUUUGAUGGUAUUAAAUACUACCAUCCUGGAAACUGUCACUUCUUGGCCAUCCACCAUAAAGACUGGUCUGUUAGUGUUGAACUUCGUCCUUGUCCAAGUGGCCAGUCAGGAACGUGCUUAAAUAGUGUUACACUCCUCUUAAAUUCGCCUAUUUCAGGUAACAAGUAUGUAUUCAGUAGGAAUGGAACAAUCACAAACAAUGGGAUUGAAUAUACAAAUGAAAGUUAUGAUGAUUCAGUAUAUGUCUUCAAAGCAUCUUCCUCAUACCUUCAAGUAGAAACAAACUUUGGUGUAAAAAUGCAAAUACAAAUUGCUCCUGCGAUGCAGCUGUAUGUUUCAGUGCCACCUAACAGUUUCACAGAUACUGUAGGACUCUGUGGUUCCUUCAACAACAGAGUAGAGGAUGAUUUAAUGUCAAGUCAGAAUAUACUGGAGAAGACACCUCAGGCAUUUGCUGAUUCUUGGGAAAUGAUGCCCUGUCCUAAAGGAAAACCCACUUCCUGCAUCAGUAUAGAAAAAGAAAAAUUUGCUGAAAAGCAUUGUGGAAUUUUUCUUGAUUCAGACGGGCCUUUUGCUUCCUGCCAUCCAGUUGUGAACGCUAAACCAUAUUAUGAGGAAUGCAAAAGGUACACUUGUACUUGUGAAAACAGUGAAGACUGCCUGUGUACGGUUUUUGGCAACUAUGUGAAAGCAUGUGCUGAGAAAGAAGUAUACAUGGUGGGAUGGAGAACCGGACUGUGUGAUUCCUCUUGUCCAAGUGACCUCGUUUUCAAGUACAAUAUAAAAGCCUGCAAUAAAACUUGUCGAUUAUUGUCAGAGAGAUAUAGAAGCUGUGAUAUAGAAGAUGUUCCAUUUGAUGGAUGCACUUGCCCUGAUGGAAUGUACCAGAAUAAUGAAGGGAAUUGUGUUCCAAAAUCUCAGUGUGACUGCUUCCUAAAUGGCAAGGUCAUUCAACCAGGCAAACUCAUCAAUAUUAAUAACAACAGAUGUGUCUGUCGGGAUGGAAAUUUUCUUUGCCAGACUCCUAUUAGUUCAGCCCAACAGAAUUGUUCUGGAGGGGCUGAAUAUGUUGACUGCAGGGGCCCGAGGGCACGGAGAAGAGUUGACAGUAAAUGUGGUGCUUGGAACAUGCCUGGUUUUGAUGAGAACUUGCCUUGCAAAGCUGGGUGCUACUGUCCAGUAGGCAUGGUUCGAAAUUCUAAAGGGAACUGCGUCUUUCCUGAAGACUGCCCAUGUUCUUUUGGUGGAGGGGAGUAUGAACAAGGAAGUGUUACCUCAGUUGGCUGCAACAACUGUACUUGCGUAAAAGGAUCUUGGAGCUGUACACAAAAUAAAUGUCAAACCGUCUGCCACAUCUAUGGGGAAGGUCAUGUUAGAACUUUUGAUGGAAAAAGUUACAGCUUUGAUGGUCUCUGCCAAUAUUCAUUUGCUGAGGAUUAUUGCGGUCGGGAAAGUGGCACAUUCCGUAUUUUAACUGAAAGCGUCCCAUGCUGUGAAAAUGGGCUUACGUGCUCAAGAAAAAUUAUAGUUGCUUUUCAGGAUCAGAAUGUUGUCUUGCAUGAUGGUAAAGUAACAGCCUCCAAAAUUACAGAAAGUAAGGACUGUGGGCUCACUGAAAAUACAUAUUCCGUACAUACCGUUGGCCUGUACCUGAUUCUAAAAUUUUUAAAUGGGAUAACCAUAAUUUGGGACAAGAAUACAAGAGUUUCUGCUAUACUGGAUCCUCGCUGGCAUGGCAAAGUGUGUGGUCUUUGUGGAAACAACAAUGGUGAUCUCAAGGAUGAUUUCAUAACAAGGCAUUCAUCAGAAGCUAUUGGAGCACUGGAAUUUGGAAAUAGUUGGAAAACAAGUCAAAAAUGUGCAGACACAGCAGCACAAUAUUUCCCAUGUGACUCAAACCCAUACUGUAAAGCCUGGGCUGUGCAGAAAUGUGGGAUCAUCCGGGACAGCAUCUUCAAAGAAUGCCACCAUAAGGUGGACCCUGAAGCUUACCUAGAAGCAUGUAUUGAAGAAGCCUGCUCAUGUGACAUGGAGGGGAAGUAUUUGGGAUUCUGCACGGCUGUGGCCAUGUAUGCAGAGGCAUGCAGUGCAGUUGGAGUCUGUGUCACGUGGAGAAAACCAGAUCUCUGUCCUGUUUUCUGUGAUUAUUAUAAUGGACCCGGGGAAUGCAGUUGGCGCUAUGAACCUUGUGGUACAGUAACUACAAAAACAUGCAGAGAUCGAGUUAUUGGCCAGAAAUUUUCUGCAGUUUUAGAAGGUUGUUAUGCUAAGUGCCCGGAUAAUGCUCCUUAUCUGGAUGAGAACCUCAUGAAAUGCGUCCGUUUAUCUGAGUGCAGCUGUUUCUAUAACGAUAUCGUACCAGCAGGUGGAGUGAUUCAGGAUGACUGUGGGAGAACAUGCUAUUGUAUCGCAGGAGAAUUGGAGUGCAAUGGUGAUGCUUCUUCUGCAAAUUCGACAUUCACAGCAAUUACAUCAGUAACCAGUAGCUCAGGCUCAGCAGCUUCCACUCCAGUGCUUACAAGAGCAAGCAGUGAAACAAUAGGAGGAACCGGCAGCCCAACUGCAGCCGCCAGAGGAGGGACCCCGGAAGGUACAGAGGGCUUCACCACAGCCGCAGGGAGUGAGAAGACAAGUGGAGAUUCAGCUGUCCCAGGCACAACCUUGGGAGACAGAGCAGGAACAGCUCGAGGUCUCCCGACUGAACGUUCUACUACAGGUGUUGCUGGACGUCCGGUUUCCACGACCCUCAAUGCUGGCAGCCUAGGCAGCACUGGAGCGGGCCCCGCCUUCACCAGUAGCCCUGGCCACACACCAGGAGGAACCGGCAGCCCGAAUGCAGCCGCCAGAGGAGGGACCCCGGAAGGUACAGAGGGCUUCACCACAGCCGCAGGGAGUGAGAAGACAAGUGGAGAUUCAGCUGUCCCAGGCACAACCUUGGGAGACAGAGCAGGAACAGCUCGAGGUCUCCCGACUGAACGUUCUACUACAGGUGUUGCUGGACGUCCGGUUUCCACGACCCUCAAUGCUGGCAGCCUAGGCAGCACUGGAGCGGGCCCCGCCUUCACCAGUAGCCCUGGCCACACACCAGGAGGAACCGGCAGCCCGACUGCAGCCGCCAGAGGAGGGACCCCGGAAGGUACAGAGGGCUUCACCACAGCCGCAGGGAGUGAGAAGACAAGUGGAGAUUCAGCUGUCCCAGGCACAACCUUGGGAGACAGAGCAGGAACAGCUCGAGGUCUCCCGACUGAACGUUCUACUACAGGUGUUGCUGGACGUCCGGUUUCCACGACCCUCAAUGCUGGCAGCCUAGGCAGCACUGGAGCGGGCCCCGCCUUCACCAGUAGCCCUGGCCACACACCAGGAGGAACCGGCAGCCCGACUGCAGCCGCCAGAGGAGGGACCCCGGAAGGUACAGAGGGCUUCACCACAGCCGCAGGGAGUGAGAAGACAAGUGGAGAUUCAGCUGUCCCAGGCACAACCUUGGGAGACAGAGCAGGAACAGCUCGAGGUCUCCCGACUGAACGUUCUACUACAGGUGUUGCUGGACGUCCGGUUUCCACGACCCUCAAUGCUGGCAGCCUAGGCAGCACUGGAGCGGGCCCCGCCUUCACCAGUAGCCCUGGCCACACACCAGGAGGAACCGGCAGCCCGAAUGCAGCCGCCAGAGGAGGGACCCCGGAAGGUACAGAGGGCUUCACCACAGCCGCAGGGAGUGAGAAGACAAGUGGAGAUUCAGCUGUCCCAGGCACAACCUUGGGAGACAGAGCAGGAACAGCUCGAGGUCUCCCGACUGAACGUUCUACUACAGGUGUUGCUGGACGUCCGGUUUCCACGACCCUCAAUGCUGGCAGCCUAGGCAGCACUGGAGCGGGCCCCGCCUUCACCAGUAGCCCUGGCCACACACCAGGAGGAACCGGCAGCCCGACUGCAGCCGCCAGAGGAGGGACCCCGGAAGGUACAGAGGGCUUCACCACAGCCGCAGGGAGUGAGAAGACAAGUGGAGAUUCAGCUGGCCCAGGCACAACCUUGGGAGACAGAGCAGGAACAGCUCGAGGUCUCCCGACUGAACGUUCUACUACAGGUGUUGCUGGACGUCCGGUUUCCACGACCCUCAAUGCUGGCAGCCUAGGCAGCACUGGAGCGGGCCCCGCCUUCACCAGUAGCCCUGGCCACACACCAGGAGGAACCGGCAGCCCGACUGCAGCCGCCAGAGGAGGGACCCCGGAAGGUACAGAGGGCUUCACCACAGCCGCAGGGAGUGAGAAGACAAGUGGAGAUUCAGCUGGCCCAGGCACAACCUUGGGAGACAGAGCAGGAACAGCUCGAGGUCUCCCGACUGAACGUUCUACUACAGGUGUUGCUGGACGUCCGGUUUCCACGACCCUCAAUGCUGGCAGCCUAGGCAGCACUGGAGCGGGCCCCGCCUUCACCAGUAGCCCUGGCCACACACCAGGAGGAACCGGCAGCCCGACUGCAGCCGCCAGAGGAGGGACCCCGGAAGGUACAGAGGGCUUCACCACAGCCGCAGGGAGUGAGAAGACAAGUGGAGAUUCAGCUGGCCCAGGCACAACCUUGGGAGACAGAGCAGGAACAGCUCGAGGUCUCCCGACUGAACGUUCUACUACAGGUGUUGCUGGACGUCCGGUUUCCACGACCCUCAAUGCUGGCAGCCUAGGCAGCACUGGAGCGGGCCCCGCCUUCACCAGUAGCCCUGGCCACACACCAGGAGGAACCGGCAGCCCGACUGCAGCCGCCAGAGGAGGGACCCCGGAAGGUACAGAGGGCUUCACCACAGCCGCAGGGAGUGAGAAGACAAGUGGAGAUUCAGCUGGCCCAGGCACAACCUUGGGAGACAGAGCAGGAACAGCUCGAGGUCUCCCGACUGAACGUUCUACUACAGGUGUUGCUGGACGUCCGGUUUCCACGACCCUCAAUGCUGGCAGCCUAGGCAGCACUGGAGCGGGCCCCGCCUUCACCAGUAGCCCUGGCCACACACCAGGAGGAACCGGCAGCCCGACUGCAGCCGCCAGAGGAGGGACCCCGGAAGGUACAGAGGGCUUCACCACAGCCGCAGGGAGUGAGAAGACAAGUGGAGAUUCAGCUGUCCCAGGCACAACCUUGGGAGACAGAGCAGGAACAGCUCGAGGUCUCCCGACUGAACGUUCUACUACAGGUGUUGCUGGACGUCCGGUUUCCACGACCCUCAAUGCUGGCAGCCUAGGCAGCACUGGAGCGGGCCCCGCCUUCACCAGUAGCCCUGGCCACACACCAGGAGGAACCGGCAGCCCGACUGCAGCCGCCAGAGGAGGGACCCCGGAAGGUACAGAGGGCUUCACCACAGCCGCAGGGAGUGAGAAGACAAGUGGAGAUUCAGCUGGCCCAGGCACAACCUUGGGAGACAGAGCAGGAACAGCUCGAGGUCUCCCGACUGAACGUUCUACUACAGGUGUUGCUGGACGUCCGGUUUCCACGACCCUCAAUGCUGGCAGCCUAGGCAGCACUGGAGCGGGCCCCGCCUUCACCAGUAGCCCUGGCCACACACCAGGAGGAACCGGCAGCCCGACUGCAGCCGCCAGAGGAGGGACCCCGGAAGGUACAGAGGGCUUCACCACAGCCGCAGGGAGUGAGAAGACAAGUGGAGAUUCAGCUGGCCCAGGCACAACCUUGGGAGACAGAGCAGGAACAGCUCGAGGUCUCCCGACUGAACGUUCUACUACAGGUGUUGCUGGACGUCCGGUUUCCACGACCCUCAAUGCUGGCAGCCUAGGCAGCACUGGAGCGGGCCCCGCCUUCACCAGUAGCCCUGGCCACACACCAGGAGGAACCGGCAGCCCGACUGCAGCCGCCAGAGGAGGGACCCCGGAAGGUACAGAGGGCUUCACCACAGCCGCAGGGAGUGAGAAGACAAGUGGAGAUUCAGCUGGCCCAGGCACAACCUUGGGAGACAGAGCAGGAACAGCUCGAGGUCUCCCGACUGAACGUUCUACUACAGGUGUUGCUGGACGUCCGGUUUCCACGACCCUCAAUGCUGGCAGCCUAGGCAGCACUGGAGCGGGCCCCGCCUUCACCAGUAGCCCUGGCCACACACCAGGAGGAACCGGCAGCCCGACUGCAGCCGCCAGAGGAGGGACCCCGGAAGGUACAGAGGGCUUCACCACAGCCGCAGGGAGUGAGAAGACAAGUGGAGAUUCAGCUGGCCCAGGCACAACCUUGGGAGACAGAGCAGGAACAGCUCGAGGUCUCCCGACUGAACGUUCUACUACAGGUGUUGCUGGACGUCCGGUUUCCACGACCCUCAAUGCUGGCAGCCUAGGCAGCACUGGAGCGGGCCCCGCCUUCACCAGUAGCCCUGGCCACACACCAGGAGGAACCGGCAGCCCGACUGCAGCCGCCAGAGGAGGGACCCCGGAAGGUACAGAGGGCUUCACCACAGCCGCAGGGAGUGAGAAGACAAGUGGAGAUUCAGCUGGCCCAGGCACAACCUUGGGAGACAGAGCAGGAACAGCUCGAGGUCUCCCGACUGAACGUUCUACUACAGGUGUUGCUGGACGUCCGGUUUCCACGACCCUCAAUGCUGGCAGCCUAGGCAGCACUGGAGCGGGCCCCGCCUUCACCAGUAGCCCUGGCCACACACCAGGAGGAACCGGCAGCCCGACUGCAGCCGCCAGAGGAGGGACCCCGGAAGGUACAGAGGGCUUCACCACAGCCACAGGGAGUGAGAAGACAAGUGGAGAUUCAGCUGGCCCAGGCACAACCUUGGGAGACAGAGCAGGAACAGCUCGAGGUCUCCCGACUGAACGUUCUUCUACAGGUGUUGCUGGACGUCCGGUUUCCACGACCCUCAAUGCUGGCAGCCUAGGCAGCACUGGAGCGGGCCCCGCCUUCACCAGUAGCCCUGGCCACACACCAGGAGGAACCGGCAGCCCGACUGCAGCCGCCAGAGGAGGGACCCCGGAAGGUACAGAGGGCUUCACCACAGCCGCAGGGAGUGAGAAGACAAGUGGAGAUUCAGCUGGCCCAGGCACAACCUUGGGAGACAGAGCAGGAACAGCUCGAGGUCUCCCGACUGAACGUUCUUCUACAGGUGUUGCUGGACGUCCGGUUUCCACGACCCUCAAUGCUGGCAGCCUAGGCAGCACUGGAGCGGGCCCCGCCUUCACCAGUAGCCCUGGCCACACACCAGGAGGAACCGGCAGCCCGACUGCAGCCGCCAGAGGAGGGACCCCGGAAGGUACAGAGGGCUUCACCACAGCCGCAGGGAGUGAGAAGACAAGUGGAGAUUCAGCUGGCCCAGGCACAACCUUGGGAGACAGAGCAGGAGGAACCGGCAGCCCGACUGCAGCCGCCAGAGGAGGGACCCCGGAAGGUACAGAGGGCUUCACCACAGCCGCGGGGAGUGAGAAGACAAGUGGAGAUUCAGCUGGCCCAGGCACAACCUUGGGAGACAGAGCAGGAGCAGUGGAUAGGGGAUUUGCAGCCACUUUUGUAGCUGUUGGUGAAACCACUUCUGUUGCACCAGGUACCUCCAGGGAAGCAUUUGAAACAACCACUGCUUCUGGAAUUUCUACCACAGUCACUGCUUCCACAGAAGUCAAGGAAACCUCUGAAACUAAAAUGCAAACAAGAUGUCCACCUUCACAUCCACCACCUCCAGUUUGUCAUGGUCCACUGGGAGAAAAGAAAUCUCCUGGAGAGGAAUGGACUGCCAAUUGUUACACGUGCACCUGUACUGAUGCAAAUACUGUGGACUGUAGCCUCAAGGAGUGCCCUUCUGCACCCACUUGCAAAACUGGAGAGAGACUUGUAAAGUUCCAAGAUAAUGACACCUGCUGUGAAAUUGGAUACUGUGAACCAAGAACAUGUUUGUUUAACAGUAUUGAUUAUGAGAUUGGUGCUUCAUUUGAUGAUCCCAGCAACCCAUGCAUCUCCUACUCCUGCCACAACACUGGUUUUGUUGCAGUGGUCCAAGACUGCCCAAAGCAGACUUGGUGUCCAGAAGAAGACCGAGUCUAUGAUUCAAAAAAAUGUUGCUAUACAUGUAAGACUAAUUGUAGAUCUGCACCUGUGAAUGUGACUAUUAAGUACAAUGGUUGCCAGAAAAGAGUCCAGAUGGCAAGGUGUGUAGGGGAAUGCAAGAAGACUGUCCGAUACAAUUAUACACUCUUUAAGCUGACAAAUUCAUGCCUUUGCUGCCGAGAAGAUAACUAUGAGUUCCGAGAAGUUGUUCUUAGCUGUCCUGAUGGCAGUACAAUACCUUACAGAUACAGGCAUGUCACAACCUGUUCUUGCUCAGACAUAUGCCAACAAUCUGUAACCCCAGCGGUCAGUUAACACUAUUGUAACAUUUCCGGGUAGAACAGGCUAGGUAUUUAUUUUAUAAAUGAACA